CUCACCGAUCCCCCGCCCCACAGUUCUGGCCGCCAUCCCGGUGCGCACGGACGCGGCUCGAAUUUCCUCCGCUAUCCGCUCUCUCUCGCUCUGCCCCCUCCCGCUCUUCUUCUUCUCCGGGUCUCCCGCUUCAGCUCCAGAUCCACCCGGCCGGCCCCGCACGGCUCCGGGCAGCCAUGGAGGACACCCAGCUCCACAUCAUCGAGCAGCCGCUUCCCGGGUACCCCGACGCCGGGGACCAGGGGUCCUCCACCAUGGGGGCUCCGGCGGCGGAGGAGCCGUCGGGGGCCGGCUCUGAGGAGCUGAUCAAAUCCGACCAGGUGAACGGCGUGAUGGUACUGAGCCUUCUGGACAAAAUCAUUGGCGCCGUCGACCAGAUCCAGCUGACCCAAGCCCAGCUGGAGGAGCGGCAAGCGGAGAUGGAGGGCGCCGUGCAGAGCAUACAGGGGGAGUUAAGCAAGCUGGGCAAGGCACACGCUACCACCAGCAACACCGUGAGCAAGUUGCUAGAGAAGGUGCGCAAGGUCAGCGUCAACGUGAAGACCGUGCGCGGCAGCCUGGAACGCCAGGCCGGCCAGAUCAAGAAGCUGGAGGUCAACGAGGCCGAGCUGCUGCGGCGCCGCAACUUUAAAGUCAUGAUCUACCAGGAUGAAGUGAAACUGCCGGCCAAAGUGAGCAUCGGCAAGUCGCUGAAAGAGUCGGAGGCGCUGCCCGAGAAGGAAGGCGACGAGCUGGCCGAGGGCGAGCGGCCCGAGGACGACGCGGCGGUGCUCGAGCUGUCCUCGGACGAGGCGGUGGAGGUGGAGGAGGUCAUCGAGGAGUCGCGCGCCGAGCGUAUCAAGCGCAGCGGCCUGCGGCGCGUGGACGACUUCAAGAAGGCCUUCUCCAAGGAGAAGAUGGAGAAGACCAAGGUGCGCACCCGCGAGAACCUGGAGAGGACCCGCCUCAAGACCAAGGAGAACCUGGAGAAGACGCGGCACACUCUGGAGAAGCGCAUGAACAAGCUGGGCACGCGCCUCGUCCCCGCCGAACGGCGGGAGAAGCUCAAGACCUCGCGAGACAAGCUGCGGAAGUCCUUCACGCCCGAUCACGUGGUCUACGCGCGCUCCAAGACGGCGGUCUACAGGGUGCCACCAUUUACCUUCCACGUCAAGAAGAUCCGCGAGGGCGAGGUAGAGGUGCUGAAGGCCACCGAGAUGGUGGAGGUAGGCGCCGACGAAGAGGAGGGCGGCGCGGAGCGCGGCGAGGCGGCCAACCUGCUGCGCGGGAGCAGCCCCGACGUGCACACGCUGCUGGAGAUCACCGAGGAGUCGGACGCCGUGCUGGUGGACAAGAGCGACAGCGACUGAGCGGGGCGCGGGGCUGUGCCCGGGAGGCCGCGCCGCCCCGCCUCUCCCCGCCCCCGCCCCGAAUCCUUUCUCUCUCCGAACUUUCUCUUUCGCAUUCUCUCUCUGCCCCAAACGGGCUGGGAUAUUUCUAAAUUGAGAACACCUCCCCUCAAGUAGCACCCCUCCGAGUCUUGCGGCUGUUAAGACGGGAGGGGGAGGCAGCCUGCCCCAUGGACAGCCCCAGUUUAGGCAUAUGCUGGGUGGAAAUGCAGAGGGCGGUGAUGCACGUCCUGGGGAUCCAAGUCGGGGAUUCUAGAGGAACUUGCUGUCGUUUCCAUGAUUGGGCCCCCCUUGGGCAGGCUGCCUUCCCCGCACUUCUCCGUAACACUCACACCCAGCUGCUGUCAUUCCUGCUCACUGAGCUCUUCUUUCUCAUCCUGAUCCCUGGCGGCUUCAAAGCCAAAAUUACCGUGAAAGGGAAGAGUGAAUCUUGAAGAGUAUGGGAGACCCCAUACUGGAAGGAUGUGAAAGCAGCUUUGGGGAGCAUCUGGGGCAGUGUCGGGGGAGAGAGGGCAGAGUGAGCCGUGACCCUGGAUGAGGGUCUAGCACAGGCUGUAUCUGCAAAAGGUGCCAAUAAGGAAGGCUGGAGCCAGGCAGAGCCCUUGGGGAGCGGGGGCGGGGGGCACUUACUGUUUAUGCAUCUGCACCCAGAAGCACGUGGCUCUGGCUUUGAAAGAGAACAGGAAAUAGUAGAAGGUGGAAAUGGGUGAAAGGAGAAUGUCCAUUAGCAGCGUGAGAAACACAGCACAAGAAUCCCAUCUUACUGGGGUUCUCCGAGGACAGCAGGACCAUUUUCAGGAUAAGAAGGGAGGGCAAUGUGAGAAAUCCGCGAUCCAAAGAAGAGAGAGGUAAGCCUCACCCCAUGCCUCCACUGGGCAUGGUGCUCCAGGGGCAGCCCAUUUCUCAAAGCCCAGAAAAUUAGGGUCCCAGAAGAGGGCAGCACCAGGCUGCGGAGAGCUGGUAGGUAGGAGGGAGACGGACGGGGAAAAGAACGAGGUGCUAAAGGUCAGGCCACCAAGCUGAGAGCUGGAGGGGAGGGGAGGAGAGUAUAGAAUUCCUGUGUGUAGAGCAGCCCAGACUUGGCCCACUCCUGGCAGUUUCUUCUCAAGAUCCUUCCCUAGAGCUAGUUACAAUAAAGCUGCAGAACUUGCCAGGACUUCCUUGUGGGUUCCUCUCCUGACUCUUUGGGUUGAGAGGGGUGCUGCUUCCAGUCCAAAAGCCUGAUUUCUGAUCAGGUUCUCCUCAGGACACUUUAGUCCCCCUGUUCCUCCCCAGUAACGGUGGCUUGUCAGAAGCAAGGACAGACCCCCUCACCCCCAAGUCACAGUCGGAAGAGGAGGGCUGAAGGCUCCCUCGUUCGCCCCCUACCUCCUGUGCUUUAUCUUCUCUGCUCUGCAUUAUAGAAUUGCAGCGAAUUGUUUUUAAGGGGUGGAGGGAGGGAGCCUGGGGACACAUCUUUUUUACAAUACAAAGCUUUGCUUUUUUUUUUUUUUUUUUCCUGUUGGUUCCCUUCUUUCUUCUGGAUGGUUGGAGACACAUUGGCUGAGGGAGGAUGGGGAUUGUGGGACGAGGUCCCUUGGUGCUGAUGGGCUGAAGGGGCCUGAGUUGUGGGCAGAUAGAGUUUCCUGUGGGCUCUGGGGAGCCUCUCGUGUUGCUGUGUCCUGGUGAGCAGCCCGACCAAUAAACCUGCUUUUCUAAAAGGAUCUGUGUUGGAUUGUAUUCUCCGAAGGCAGUCACAUAGGAUGAGUUCCAGG